CCGAAGGGAUGAAGGCGUGAAACUCCACCAAUUGAGACCACGUUUUUAACUUUAACUCGGCGCACGAAGAAGACCAAGAGAAAAGGAUUAGAAAUUUGGACAUCAGUUUAAAACCCUGCAUAAACCCUCAACAAACAAACUCAAGUCUUAUUUGCACAUCAGGCCAGAGCAAUCACAGUUCAAUUGCAAAAACUAGAAAACAAAGGGAAAAAAGAUCAUAACUUGAUGAUUUUGCAGCAUUCAAUUUCAUUUCCAAUGCUUCACAUAUGCAGAUUUUCAUCAUCGUCUUCUUCUCUAUCCCCUAAUCUUAUCCUGCCUCUAAAGCAUUCUUUUCUCCGAUCUCGCUUAUCUUUUUCAAUCACACCAUGCAGCUUUAAAACUAGAUCAUUGGGAACAGCCGCCGCCGGUGUUGCCACCGCUGCUGGUAAUAAAAGUGGAAGUGAGACAUUCUUUGCAGAAGAAAAUGUUUCAUGGGCUUCUCUGGGUGUUUCUGAUUUAGUUGCUCGAGCUCUAUCUGAUAUUGGUUUGCACAGACCCUCCCUAGUUCAGGCCGCUUGCAUCCCGAGAAUACUUUCGGGAGCUGACACAGUGGUUGCAGCAGAGACUGGUAGUGGGAAAACCCAUGGAUAUCUAGUUCCUUUAUUCGAUAUGUUAUGCAGGACCUCUGAUGAUUCAGUGGAAUCUUUGUCUGAUCGAGAAUUGGGCAAACGCUAUCCUCAAUCUCUUGUUCUUUGUCCAAAUGUCAUGUUGUGUGGACAAAUUGUCCAGAUGGCAAACAAUCUGCGUAAAGAAAAUGAAGAACCUCUGCUUAGGGUUGCAGCUGUAUGUGGGCAUCAGGGUUGGCCAGUUCAUGAACCAGAUAUAAUAGUUUCAACACCAGUUGCGCUUCUCAAUUACCUUUAUGCAGUUGAUCUAGAGAGAUGCAGGCGCUCUAACUUCAUACGUGGUGUGAAAUAUGUUGUUUUUGAUGAAGCAGACAUGCUUCUUUGUGGGGGCUUCCAGAACCAAGUCAUCCGUCUCAUACACAUGCUUCGCUUUGAUGAAAAGCAGUUGUCUCGCAUGAAGAGUUUAGAAAAUGAGAACACUGUGGGCUUAAGUGAUAAGGGUCACAUUGAAGCUAGUAUAAAUGAGCGUAUAGAUAUGGAUGGAGAUUUUAUUUUGGAAAAUGAUGAACGUUCUGAGAGUGAUGAUGCUGCUGAAACCUUGGAAACUGAAGAUCAUAAUGCGCAAAGGAAAGACUGGAGAAGGGUUAGGAAAACAUAUGAGCGGAGUAAGCAGUACAUUUUUGUUGCAGCAACUCUUCCUAUGAAUGGAAAAAAAACUGCAGGAGAAGUAUUGAAACGGAUGUAUCCAGAAGCCAGCUGGGUUACAGGAAAUUACGUCCAUCGCCACAACCCCAGGUUGGAGCAGAAAUGGAUUGAAGUGACAGCUGACACACAGGUAGAUGCUCUCAUAAGUGCUGUCAACCAUGGUUACAAUUCUGGAUUGAAUUCUUCAUCUGGGAUUGUCCGAACAAUUGUGUUUGCCAAUACUGUUGAGGCUGUUGAAGCUGUGUCUAAGAUCUUGACUGGAGCUGGAAUUGAAUGUUUUCGUUACCAUAGUGAUAGCUCGUUGGAUGAGCGCACGAGAAAUUUAUUGGAUUUCCAGCAGAAAGGUGGUGUUUUUGUGUGUACAGAUGCUGCUGCACGUGGUCUAGAUGUGCCUAAUAUUUCACAUGUUAUUCAGGCUGAAUUUGCUACAUCUGCUGUCGAUUUCCUCCAUAGAGUUGGUCGCACAGCAAGAGCAGGUCAACCUGGCCUUGUUACAAGCCUGUAUACAGAAGCAAACCGUGAUCUUGUCUCUGCAAUUCGCCAAGCUGAAAAACAGGGUCUACCUGUGGAGAAGGCUUUCAGCAGAAAAAGGAGCUUUCGCAACAAGCUCAAGAAGAGCGGUUUGAGGAAAACCAGCGUGCAUACCGUUCUGGAAAAAUCGUAACAUGAAACAGGUUUCAGCAGCAUAUUAUGAGUUUGCAUUCACGUGUUAUAGGUUUAAUUUAAUUGUGCAUAUUUUUUUUUUUUUUGGGGUGUAAAAUGGCUAUAGAGCAAUGACAAACAUACUGAAUCAGUGUCCUCUUCAUAUUAUGUAGUAUGAGCAUUGAGUGGGUCAUUGAUGCUUUAGGUUAGUCCCAAAGCUACGUCAGGUGGCUGAUAUAAAUCUUUGCACAGCACUGUUAUGCUGGUUGUUAGUGGUUCUUUUCACUGAAGAGGCACAGUGGUGAAGCAGGGCUAGUGCUGCUUGUCAUAAUUUUUGUGUAUUAUUAUAUUCAUGGCCCUCCUUGUUUUAUGCAAGCUGGGAAUUAAAGUA